AGUAAAGGGUAAGGCAGAGAGAGGGAGAGAGUUUUGUGGAGGGAAAUGGAUGUCACUCUGUCCAUCUCUCCGCAGAGACCCAAAUGCUCAAACUCAAGCCCAUCAUCGCUUGUUUCUUCCUCCAACCCUCGCCCUCGCCCUGCUGUUAUUCUCCCGGGAACAAUUCCGGUGAUUACCACAAGUUGGAGAAAACGCUUAACGAUAAGUACGGGGUUCCCACCGUGGUCGCUAAGGUAUCAAGGCUUGAUUGGUUCCGGAAUGCCGCUGGUUUGCUCGACUCCAAUUACUGGCGUGGCACUCUUCAACCAAGCCCUGUCCUCGAUUGUGACAGUGUGCUUCUUUUUUACUAGGUACCUCAAGAGGGUUCAUGAUGCUGUUCAAGAGGCUAACGAGUUGGCACAAGGUGCAACUUUAUCAUUGAUUGGGCACUCAGCAGGAGGAUGGCUUGCACGUGUGUAUAUGGAAGAAUUUGGGCUGUCCCAUAUAUCCUUGUUAUUGACUCUUGGAACCCCUCACCUCCCACCCCCAAAAGGCGUGCCAGGGGUUAUUGAUCAAACACGGGGUCUCCUUGAUUAUGUUGAAAAAUAUUGCUCAAAAGCUGUUUACACCCCUCAACUGAAGUAUGUAUGUAUAGCAGGAAGGUAUAUUGAAGGGGCUCGGCUUUUUGGCAAGUCAAAUCCAAAUAUUGAGGUUGUAGUUCCUACUAAUAGUUCUCAGCCAGUUCCCGAGGCUGCUAUCAUGAACACUGCAAGCACUUCGCCACCUAAUGCAACAUUACGUGCUCGCUUUGUUGGGCAGGGAUACAAGCAGGUUUGUGGGCAAGCAGAUGUGUGGGGUGAUGGUGUUGUGCCAGAAGUAUCAGCUCAUCUUGAGGGUGCACUUAACAUUUGCUUGGAUGGGGUCUAUCACUCACCUGUUGGUUCAGAUGAUGCAAUGAGACCAUGGUAUGGUUCCCCUGAUGUGUUGGAGCAAUGGAUAGAAUACCUCCUUAAUUAACUUGAAGACAUUAGAGCACUUCAUCUAAGUAAUGUCAUUUUAUUAAUAUGCCACUAAAUGAUUUUUUUUUUCAUUUUUUUCAUUUUUAUUGUAUUUGUGUCAUUGAAUCCUGUUGUUGUUUAAUAUUUUAGAAAGUCAUCGUUUUAUC